AUGGACCCCAGAGAUUAUCUGGCCAUCGGACAGCUUCGCCCGCACUGCCGGCAAUUAUCGCCGGAACGUGCGCACCAAGUCGCACUCAUUCUAGCCCCAACUCGUGACAGGUCGCUUGAUCAAUUAUUGAGUCAACUUGAUGUUGAUAUCGAGCUCGCCGAAGGUGAUGAGACGUUGUGUGCCGGGCCAUUUGGUGUCUUGCGUCCAAGAGGCUAUCGAAAUGAUAACACAGAAAUUCCAAGCACGCAAGACGACAAGGAGAGCUCCAUGAACUUGGAAUGGGAGGACUUUGUUCUCGGAGACUUCUCUGUGGACAAGCCCUUGCCAGGGCUUGAAGUCGGCUUCCUCGACAGUCCCAGUGAUCAUCGUGGGAUUUACGAGCAUGGCCUGGAUCUAUCUUUCCUUUCGCCAAUGUUGAGAGAUUCUACGACGGGCUUCGUCAUGACGCCGAUGGAGCCAGACGUGCCGCGCGGAGAAGACAUGCAGCUUCUCAAUCCUUGGAGGGCCCCCACCCCCCGGCUUCAACGCUCUGUAUCCAUUGACUACGCCCCCGAUCUAUUGGAUGUCGACGUGCCCACAAUACGCUUGUUGCUUGCCCACUAUCAGGAGAAACUGAUUCCUACAUUUGCACCCAUCCAGGCUCAGGGCAAGUCGGUGUGGGAACGCGUUCAUAUUCCAAGAGUCAACGAGACACUAGGUGAGAUUCUCGUGAAAGGCAAUUCCGGGGACGCGAAAUGUACACUACUAUUUGCCGUUCUCAGCGCUGCAUCAUAUCACUUGGAUGCUGUGGGAGACGGACCACCACACCAUUCUGUGACAGCAGGGGGGCAGAUGGCGACAAUUUUCCGACACCGAGCUAAAGCACGACUGGUAUCGUCACUCAAGACUCUCGUUCUCGCGAGAAGCAGGGACGCCUACGAGGAAAUGCUGCUUGCGAUCCUGAGCAUGGUGACCGUUGUGAGUGGUGACAUGGUCGAUUAUCAAGCAUAUCUACGUAAUGUUGAGCAACUCAUUGAGUCUAGCUGCUCGCCUCAUCUGUUGAGGUCUACCAAUAUCCGAAUGCUUCACAGUACCUUUCUUUACCUCUGGACACUACAGGCUAGAGGUCGAGUGUUAGGCCUUGGCCUGAAUCAAACUCUCGACUACCGCAAUUCGACCGCCCAUUCCGACGUUUGGGAACAACUGGUUCCGGUAGCGAUCGAAUCCGACGAUAACUAUCAUGAAGACUCGCCCAGCACUCAAGGCACGGUGUCGAUAUUCGAACAAAUUUACUCGGUUUCCGAAACACUGUUCCGACUAAUUGGUCGAGCUACAUCUCUGGCUUCUGAGGCUGCACAACGGGACCACUCUAUCGACGGCCCGCGGCUUGAUUCGAAAAAGGUGGCAGAACUCGAGGACGCGAUAUGUAGCUGGAACAAUGACAUUAUCCCCGCCGGAGCGGACAUACUGCCUGUCAAUGGGGAAAACGUACGAUAUCAUUUCCAGGAUGCCUUUCAUUCAGCCCUGUUGAUAUACUUUUACAAAUGCGUUCGGGGUAUAGACACGUACGUUGUGCAACCUCAUGUCGAGAAAACCCUGUCGCAUUUGCAGUUGUACACAGAAGCUAAACGGCAAUCUGGCGAUCGGUCUUCAAGCAUUUGCUGGCCUGGCUUCGUCGCGGCUUGUGAAUCUUUGGAUCACGGUGUACGGCAGAGGUUUUCACAAUGGUUUCUUGAUGAGACAACUCAAACGGGCAUACUCAUGUUUACAACUGCAGGAACUGCUGUCAAGCAAGUCUGGGAUGCCCGCGAUCGAUCUAACAACAGAAAUCUGCCUUGGUCUAAAGUACUUCAGAACGACAACAUCCUCGACCACCUGGUACUCAGCUGA